AUGGAUCCAACGUUAUCCACCUUACUGCAGUCAGAACAGAAUUCCUCUCUUUUCGAAGAGGAGGCGAGAAAUGAGACAACUACUAAUCAGUUCGUUCAGCCGACAUGGCAGGUGACACUCUGGGCCAUAGCUUAUGCCCUGAUCGUGAUAAUCUCAGUGAUCGGCAAUGUUACGGUCAUUUGGAUCAUCCUUGCUCAUAAGAGGAUGCGGACGGUCACCAAUUAUUUCAUUGUCAACCUGGCGUUCUCUGAUGCUUCGAUGGCAGUCUUCAACACUGUGUUCAAUUUCGUCUAUGCUAUCCACAACGACUGGUACUUCGGGCUUGGGUUUUGCAGAUUCAUAAAUUUCUUUCCCAUCACAGCUAUUUUUUCAAGCAUAUACUCUAUGACGGCUAUCGCUAUUGACAGGUACAUGGCUAUUAUCCACCCUCUAAAGCCCAGGCUGUCGUCCACCAUCACAAAGGUGGUGGUUGCAGUGAUUUGGCUGCUAGCGUUCUCGCUCACCUUCCCACAGUGCUUCUACUCCAUAACGAUUUUCUAUGAUCCGCGGACGAUCUGCCUGGUGGACUGGCCCGAUGACUAUGGCGGUAAACAUCAGCUGAUGUAUCAGAUUGCUGUAAUAAUCCUGAUCUAUCUGCUGCCCCUGCUGGUGAUGUUGGUCACAUACAGCAUCGUGGGAGUGACGCUCUGGGGAGGUGAAAUUCCGGGUGCCUCGUCCGAGCACUAUCAGAAUCAGAUCCAAGCAAAGCGCAAGGUUGUCAAAAUGAUGAUUGUUGUCGUGGUGACAUUUGCCUUGUGCUGGCUGCCUUUCCAUGCCUACUUUAUCCUGGGAAGCUUCAACAAAGACAUCUACAAGCAGAAAUACAUCCAGCAGGUGUACCUGGCUAUCUUCUGGCUGGCCAUGAGCUCCACAAUGUACAACCCCAUCAUCUACUACUGCCUCAAUCAAAGAUUCCGGUCGGGAUUCAGACAGGCAUUCCGUUGGUGCCCGUUCGUGACGGUGACAGAGGAGGACAAGCAGGAACUCCAGCACACAAAGACUUUCAGGAUGAAGUGCAGUUACCACUCCAAAACGACCACUGUGGUCAAUCAGAACUCAGCCGACCAAAACUCAGAUGACAUUAAAGCUCAUCAAAAUGUCUAG